UUGCCAUCAUAACAAACACAAAGUGAUACCGUUCUCUUUACAAAGAAUCGUUCUAUUUAUCCUUUUUUUGCCAUCGCGAAUUGAUUUAAGGCGACAAUUGGAUUUGUGUUAAGUCAAUUAUACGAGUUACAACGUCGAGGUGAUUGCGGUCGAUUUCUGUGGAUAUUUUCGUAACAAUCAAAGUGCUAUGCAAAUAUGUAAAUAGGACAAGAUAAUCUAGGUGUUUUGUGCGUGUAUAUUUAUAAUAGAAGAGUGGGUUUCUUGGGUUUGAAGUGCGCCCCAUUUUCGUGUAUUCAGCUCGGACGGCACAUGUUUUGCUGCUCCCGUUUAACGAGACUUGGGGAGAGGAUGGUCAGUAUGAACUCAACCCUCGUCGAAACCGUGAGCAUCAAUUAUGAAGAUUUUAACGAGAGUUUUCUCACAUGCGGCACCUGCUUAUAUCGCUUAUGGAUUGGUGGUAUGUACGAUGGUAACGAACACACGCCAAAACUCCUCCAGUGUUCGCACACCGUUUGCUUACACUGUUUGACUCGAAUAGCGGCGAACCACACUCGCGAUACCAACUCCUUCCGCUGCCCAAUAUGCCGGGAGCUGAUCAACGUGCCAAGAGGAGGAGUCUCGGCUCUGCCACCGUCGUUCAUAGUAAACCAACUCCUCGACCUGAUGUCGCGACAACGGCGCGAGGUGAUACCGAAGUGUUCCGUUCACAUCAACCAGGAGUUACUCUUUUGCGAAACGUGCGACACUGUCUUUUGCACCAGGUGCACUGACGGCUCACAUAACGACGCAACCGCCAGUUGCGAACAUACCAUCAUACCAUUUAGUAUCGCCAUCAAAAGGAUGUCAGAAAUAUUACUUUAUAAAGCCAAUGAAUGUAUAUCAAAGUUGUCGCAGGCUCAAGAAGGUGUAACGCGAGAGUUACAGCGGUUGGACGCUGCUAAAGAGAAUUGUUUAGACCAGGUUAAUGCUACAUUCCAGGAAAUACAAACGAUGUUGGAUAAAAGGAAACAGGAAAUGAUCGAUGCCGUUCAAACUGCAGCCGGUGAAAAACGAAAAGUUUUAGAGGAACAACACGCGCUUAUUGAAUGCGAAAAAAAUAAAGUAGAACAAGAAUGCCAAGGACUUCAAUACCAAGUGGAAGUACGCAACAUAACACAACGCAUCGAAAGUUUAACCGAAAAAUUGGAUGCCGCUUCAAGUUUAGGAGAACCCCGCGAGAAUGCAUUUUUAACCUGCGAAUUUCAUCACAACGAUAGCAUAAAAUCAAUCGAAAAAUACAUGGCACAAUUAGGAAAAGUCAGAAGUAGCACAACAUUUCCUAGUUUGUGUUCCGCUAAAUUAAUCGGAACUACUAUUGCCGGAAUUGAAAGCGAGGUAACGAUGACUACGUUGGAUUAUCAUGGUGAACUUCGAAAAUCCGGCGGAGAUCCCGUCCAAGCGGAAGUCCUACCGGUCACCACGGAUAACGUCACGACGUCAUUACCUGUUACAAUAACCGAUUGCGAGGAUGGAACGUACAAAAUACAUUUUCGCGCACCGAAAUCGGGACGAUAUGGAAUUACGAUUUCAGUUUUCGAUAGAUUAAUCAAAGAUAUGCCGCUUUAUUUUGAUGUCACGGAACAUAAUAAUCCGUUACAAAUUUAUGGAUCGAGGGGUUGUGGAAAAGACGAAUUCAUGCAACCCGUUGGCAUUGCUAUUGAUGAACGUGAUCAAAUUAUUUACGUCUUAGAUACGGGGAAUUCUAGAAUUAAGGUGUUAAAUUCGGAAUUGGAAUUUAUUAAUCAUGUUUAUAAUGAAGGGUUAGGAGGAAGAAGUUGCACAGGAAUUGCUGUAUCAAAUGAUGGCUUAGUAGUUGUUAAUUGGAGAUCUAAAUAUGUAACCGAAAUGGAUACUUCAGGAACUACAUUAAAAUCGUUUACAUACAACGCGUUUCAAGAACCUAUAGAUGUUGCAGUUGAUAACAGUUAUGGCCAUAUUUUAGUGGCUGAUAAUGGAAUGAGUUGCGUCUAUGUUUUUGAUUCGGAUGGAAAAAUAUUAUUUCAAGUGGGAAAAAAGGGAACGUUUAAAUUAAUUUCAGCAGUAACCGUUAGUUUAACGGGAGAAAUUAUUGUGGCUGAUACGAGAGUUCAAAUUUUUUCAGCCAAAGGAGAUUACGUUGAGACUUUAUAUGAUGAAGGAAAAAGUAAUAAUUUGUUAUUAUUAGAAUUUUUUCAGGUUCCACUAUUCGUAGAGAUUUGA